CAAACACUUGCUGUACAAAAGUGUUGUUUCAAUGGGUAGUCUCUGAUCUCUCAUUCACAUGAUUUUUGACAUCUUCUCCAAUCUACAUCUCCUGCGACAGAAACAGUCCUCUCCAUCAUGGGCUUGGAGAACGUCAAACACGUUGUCCUCGUCCUCUCCGGCAAAGGCGGCGUCGGGAAGUCCAGUGUCACACUUCAACUCGCCUUGUCACUCACGUUACAAGGCCACAACGUCGGAAUCCUCGAUAUAGAUUUGACUGGACCUAGUAUACCCCGUCUACUGAACCUAGAAGACAAGAAAGUAACUCAGGCUCCCGGUGGAUGGCUUCCCGUCAAGGUGCACGAUGCUGCCACUGGCAAUGAUGGUGAUGAGUCCACACCAGAAACUACAGCCAAUGCCAGUCCACACUCGUCGACCCCCUCGAAACGCGGACGUGGAUCCCUACACGCACUGUCUCUUGCCUUCCUCCUACCUUCUCGCUCCUCGGCCGUCAUUUGGCGUGGGCCCAAAAAGACCGCCAUGAUCAGACAAUUCGUCUCGGACGCAUUGUGGCCACCGAAUACCGAUUAUCUACUCAUCGACACCCCACCGGGAACGAGUGAUGAACAUAUAGCAAUAGUUGAAGAGUUGCAUAAACUUGCUACAGAAUCACAGCCUGUUCAAUACUCCAACGGCAAUGGAGCCUCUACACAUACCGGCAACGAGCCCAGACUUGCAGGCGCGGUGGUCGUGACCACACCUCAAGCCAUAUCGACGGCGGAUGUGAGGAAGGAGCUCAACUUUUGUGUCAAAACCCAAGUGCCCGUACUCGGUGUGAUUGAAAAUAUGGCCGGUUACAUGUGUCCAUGUUGCGGGGAGAUCAGCAAUGUCUUUAGCAAAGGCGGUGGAGAAAUCAUGGCCAGAGAGGCUCAUGUCCCUUUUCUUGGUUCGGUGCCCAUUGACACUGGGUUUGGGGCUCUGGUAGAGGGCACCAACAACCAAGAAGAACCGAGUGCGGACGGCUCGGAUAAUGAUCCUGUUGUUCCAGUACAACCUCUACCUACAGAACUCGUCGAGCGAUACCGAAAGUGCGGCCUGUGUCCGAUAUUUGCUGGAUUCGCUACAGACGUCGACCGGACGGUGCGGGCUUUAAACGCUUAGAGACCUGGGCUUGGUUCAAAUCAAUGUCCCCAGAAUGACCUUUGCAGACCAUGUGUCUGGCUUCACGAUUUCGGGCGGCGUAUUAGAGGAGGGAAAUUUUCUCGCUACGAUCUGUGAACCUGCACAUCUAGAUCUUGAGAGCACAGCAGGACACUUCUCUAGACCUGAUGAUCAGCUUCUGCAGUCUAUCUCAGUUUCCGAGAGAGCACAUCGAUUGCUGUUUGACCCGGCAACUAUUUUUGACAAUGGUGCGCAGGCGAAGUCAUUGCCUAUCCCUGCUCCCAUCUGCUCUGACUGUGCAAGCGCCACCAAGUCUGGUGUCAGUAUAGAGCAAAGAGCCUUCAUCGAUAUCAGUAGUGGAGCGAGACAACGUCGGCGAGUUUCGUGUCGACCCUGGCCUAAACAUGGCUUCGUCAUGAACGUCGACCGCAAAGUGAAGGGGUAUCUGCACCCUCAAAAGCCGAUGUCCUAGGUGACAUGCUCAAACCUGGCUUAUGAACCUCGUCGAAUUCCGUGUUAGGAUGGCCUUUACCAUUGUAUUCGCUUCUACUCGAAUCACGAACAAGAAAGGACGAACUUAUUGAAGGAAAGGACUUUGGUUUCCAUUAGAGUGGCAGCAAGUUUGAGCCAUAGGCCCGAGCCAAGUUCUGCAAGGAAUGACUAGACUAUUAUGUACGUAUUAUAUAUUCAGACUGUGACUGGGCGGCUUUUCACGGCAUGGAAUGGUCAUAUACAGGCGGACGAUGCCUCUUUCAGAGAGAGAGAGAGAGAGAAUGCGUGUGUCUGUGUUGUGUUUCCAAUCAACGGCGACGCGACGCACUGCCACUAAAGAUGGUGCCGUCGUAGUCUGUGCCAUUAUUUGGCCAGUUGACAGUGUAGUUGCCGAAGCAGGCGUACUGGUAGUUGCUCUGAUCAAAGCUCGACUCUUGGCUCUUGAGGAACGCGCUGAGAGGGCACAUCCCGUCGGGUCGGUUCCCGCAGUAGCCACCGCGGAUGGUGGACAGGGGGAGGAUGCCGUUGUUGAGGCGCAUGCGGACAAACUUGUAGGUGGCGUUGCUGGCCUGGUAGCCGUACUGGCUCGUGUAGUACUGCGUCCUGGUGGUGUUCUGCGGAGAAGGGUUGCCGGAGCCGCAGCCUAUCACUUCCGUGAUCAGACGCGCCGCAAAGGGCGUCAAGUGGGAGAGGAUGAAAUGUCGCUGGGGGUCUGGAGGAUAGUCGGUCAGACUCGGCGGGUCGCGCAGAUAGUCCAGAGAGGCCGCGGUCAGGACGGAAAUGAUGAUGUCGUCGUGCGAAAAGUCGGCGUAGAACUUUUGGUCGAGGGGGAACGUCCGCGAAUUGUUGGUGAUGGAGCUGUUGACGCUCGAGUUGGACGACGUGAUGUACUGGUGUUGCAGCCUUGCCAAGAGUUCUUGUAGGUAGCCAAUGCCUUGAGCACGACCCGUCGGGUUCCCCC